AAAAGAAGUUCUGUGAACUCGGCCACAUUCGGAGAGCAACGGGUCAGACUUACCGCAAAGAACGCGGGUGCUGGGGUGCCGAGCCGCUUUGUCAACACCCUUGUUGCUUGGUGCUUAACGUGUAACCCCAGAUAUCAGUGUCCAAACGCCGGUGAGCCUUUUUGCGCAGAUCCUCCUUGAAAAACGCGAUCCAGAGCCCUUCGCCGCUCUAUACAUUGUUCCGCGGUUUACUGAAUGUUGGUGAGGCUCUGGAAAGAAGCGAACCAUUUGAUUAAGAAGGGGAAGGGUUGGCUGGUGUGCGCAUCACUCUGAAAAAGGCUGCGACUACUUCUAGCUUCUUUGCCCACAGCCUGGUCCUCAGGAUCUCCGUCGCAAUCAAAACUUCGAGAGCGUUUGUCCUAGAUUCAUCUCCGAAUAGCAAAGCAAGAUGGCCAGCAGUCCACCAACUAUAAACGGAUGCAAUCCGAAAGCCCCAAUCUCGACGAAACCAAUGGGCAACUUCCCGAUCUCUCAUCGGGCGUCGUCCGUCAAACCCUCUAUGCGACUUAGCAUAUCUCGAACUACACUGCUCGAUUACGAUGCAGAGUCGGAACUGAAGACCGAUGUUAUGUACGGAACCACGAACACUGUGAAGGAGUGCCGCUGGUUUGAUCAUCUGUUAGGAGUCUUCUGCAUAUCAAGGGGACCAAAGUUUGCAUCAGUCCCAAAGUCCAUGUCCGUUGGAUCACAAGAACGCAACAAUCGCGAGGCCCACCUCGAUUCUGCAUGGGUUCUUCCCGUCUACGUUCUUUCAGCCGAGCGGGACGAAUACCGACAUCGAAUACCGAAAGAAGCCAAAUGCACCAUUGACACCGGUAAUUUGCAGGGCAACAUUGUAUCUCGAACGUUUCUCUUCAACGUUCUCGGUUACUCGGAGGCAGACUUCCAGAAGCUGACUACUGGAGAGGAGAAUGGGGGUACCGGUAUUACAGGCCACAAGCUUAUCCCGGAUGGCGGCAUCAACCUGACCUGGUACCACAACAACAGCACUAGGGUAUUCCGCGACAUGCGUUUCCUUAUCUCGGAGCAUCCGAUGUAUGAUCUUAUUAUUGGUGCGCAUUCCAUCCAAGAGAACAAUAUACUCGACGUGCCAAACCUCAUGACUACCCCUGCCGAAGGGAUUGUGCUCUCGAAGUCGCUCUUGAAGAAUUCACCACGCAAUCCGAAAUUGAAAUCGCUUGAAGUAGACAUGAACAAAGAAAAACAGAAAAGGGACAACUUCCAGAUAAGGGAAGAAUGGAAAAAAAUCGAUCCAUUAAUGCCCAAAGAAGAACAGGACAAGCUCUUGCGUGAGAAGACAGCUAUCUUCGAGGCCAAGAAAGAGACGUUCCAUGAUGCGUGUCGACAGGAAUACGAGGUCCUUAUACAGGACGCAACGGAUCAGAACCGUCAGAAAGACAAAGAAGCAUUGGAAAAAGAGUACAAAAAGUGGGCUUGGUUCAAAAUUCAAAUACAGGAACCACAGCAUCCAGAGGAGGAUCCAAAGAAAAAGUAGGUGCAAAGAUUUAUAGUAUGGAGAGGAGUACUAUAAUUCACAUCAGUGCAAGAUUUCUUUCGUUUCUUGUAUAGGUUCUCGAGCGAUCGACUCUAGGAAGGUGUUAUUAUGGAUAUUGGGGCGUUUACUUCUUUGGCAAAUGAAUGUCUUUUCUACUUUCAAUGGAGUUAGAGGAAAUAACACGAAUUUAUAAUCUAUUUCUAUGCCCAUG